AUGGAUAAACUCCCAUAUGAGCUCAUACGCGAGAUUCUCGUCUUAUCCAACCAACCUCUUGUUCCAAGCGAACCCCACAACGAAUUCUACCACGGUCUACAUGCGCACGUCACAGACUACGGACUUGGAGGUGUACCAAGAAGGGAAUAUGACAUUCUAAGGCCAGUUCAAAGGCAGUUUGCAACCUAUCGCCUCAUCUGCAAGGACAUCUCGCCCAUAGCAUUAAAGCUUUUGCUUCAGGACGUGGUGCUCUGUGCUACUCCAGCAUGUCUCACCUCCUUUUCCGCCUUUUUGCAAACCAAACGAUACCGAGGCCAGCUGGGAGCCUAUACCAGACGAAUCCUCCUUGUGCCUCUCCCUGUGGGCAUCGAUUACACCCCCAUACUUGAUUACAGCCAUGUCCCUCUACUACGUACCAUCCGCACUCUUUGUCCCAACCUUGAGGCAAUCGAGAUUUUCAACAGAAACAAGGACUUUGAGAUGCCUACAGGUUGGCUGAUGGGGUUGAAGCAUCUCGUAAUAGUUUCCCCCAGCUCCUAUCGGUCAUCAUAUCUCCAAAGCAUCCCUCAUUCCCACCCACUCCUCGAGACACUCAUCAUCUCCGCAGAUAUUGGCGCUAUCAAUUCCCCGAUUCAUUUCUCCCACCUCAAACGGCUCGAAAUCGAUACUGGAAACGCCUUUAAUCUCAACUUUAUCACCGCCCCACGACUCGAAGCCUGUACUCUCACCAUUUCCCACCUCUUGGAGUCCAGCUUAACCGAUGCACAUGCAUUUCUCAAAAGCAACGGUCGUGGUUUGCGUUUUCUGCGCAUCAUGCAGGCGCUCACCACCGAAGAUCACUACGAAGACAUGCGGUAUCUGGAUCCAAUCCCCCUAAACCGCAUUCACGACCUGGCACACGCAUGUCCACGCCUCGAAAUAAUCCAUGUACUCCCCUUUUACACAGGCGCUCCUCUACACCGUGAACCGCACCCGACACUGACGACACUCAUCCUCGAUCGUGCGUAUGCAUGGAAUCUCUCGUCGGUGAUAGGAUACUGGAAGAUUAACGAGAACCAGUUUGCUAAAUUUGACACCGUUGUGUUCGCACUAGGCGCUGGUCAAAACCCCUGGACGACAGAUGCGGAGAUUAAGCAGUCCAUUGAGGAGGAUCCCCAGCUCUUUGCUGUUACGUCAAUCAUCACAAAGCCGCAUUGCUUGCCGGUGGUUAUUCCACCUUGUGCGAGCAAGGAGCUGGCUGCAAAGUGUGUUCACGAUCCACCAGCUCUCGCAGAGGUGUCUGCCCAUCGCUCGAGUACUUUAGGUACGUAA